CAGUAAUUUCCCUCAGUUACGUGGGAUGCCAGUCUAAUGACAUCGGAAUAACACAAACAUCAGAGGAUGCUCGAGCACGUGCGCGCUUCAUCGUCACUGUCCGAAAUAUUAACGCGCGCGCCCUUACCAAACAAACUCGAAUUCAGAACCGUUCAAACGCAGACGACGGAACGUUCACUCGCUGCCUGUAAAAAAAAACGUGUUGUUGAGUUCCCGCCCAGUACGUGAGGGAAUGUUGAGGAAAGGAGCGUAAUUUGGAGUUUAAGAUCAGAACUCGCAGGUGAAUUAUUUUCAGUAAUAAUAUGACGGCUCUUACAGCCAGGUCCAAAAACUUUGUUAAAAUUGGAUAUUGUUAAAAGCCGGAUGCAAACCGUUUCGAUUUGGGAAAAGUGCUUCCAGGAUAAACUAUUUAACCCGUCUGAUCCUUGAGUAGACUACGUUGGAAGCUUUUCAUCACUUGAACUUUUGAAGGUUUAUUUAUUAACAAGUAACCCAAGAUAUAGCUGCAUCGCUUGAGAUAAACUGAGGAAUCAUAAUGUGAGAAGUGUUGGAGUCCUUUCCCAACUUUCUCACUGGAAGGUGCUCAUAGACGCCAUCUGCUGUUCAAAAGUGCUCGCGGGGACCUCGUGGAAAAUGGAUGAAGUGUUUAAAUCUGGAAUGAAUGACAUUAUAGUUAGACAUUACAACCACUCGGGCAAGUGGGGAAGGCCAAAGAGCACCGUUACAUACAAGACAGCCUUCCUCAUUUGCAUCUGCGCUCUGAUCGUGUUGGAAAACAUCACUGUACUACUAGCACUGUGGCGCAACAAGCGCUUCCACAGCCGCAUGUACUUUCUCAUCGGCAACCUGGCACUUUCAGACUUGUUAGCAGGAGUGGCGUACGUGGUUAACAUCUUCACCUCCGGCCGCAAUACUUUUUUCCUCAGCACGGGCCAGUGGCUGCUGCGCGAGGGGAGCAUGUUUGUGGCACUUAGCGCUUCGACCUUCAGCUUGCUCGCUAUUGGGAUCGAGCGCCACAUGACCAUGGUUCGUCUACGGCCGUGUGAGACCACAGGAAGGGGGAGGUUGCUAGCUCUUCUGGGAGCCUGCUGGGCCGUUUCGGUCCUGCUGAGCUCCUUGCCUAGUCUCGGCUGGAACUGUUUGGGCCGACUCCACACUUGCUCCACUGUCCUACCACUGUACGACAAAAGCUACAUAGCCUUCUGCAUCAGCGUCUUCACGGCCCUCCUAGCGGCAAUCGUGGUGCUAUACGUGCGCAUCUACCUGCUAGUUACGUCCAGCGGGCGCAGAGUGAGUUCCCGGCCAUCGGACCGCUCUCUCGCACUUCUGCGCACGGUAGUGAUAGUACUGGGAGUUUUUGUGGCCUGUUGGGCUCCCCUUUUUCUGCUACUGCUGCUGGAUGUGGGAUGCAGUCCGGAGCGGUGCCCGGUUCUCUAUAAGGUGGACUGGUUCAUCGCUCUGGCCGUGCUCAACUCCGCUCUCAACCCGCUCAUCUACACGCUUUCCAGCCGUGAGAUGCGGGCCGCCUUCUUCCGUGUGUUAUGCUGCUGUUGCUGUCCAACACAGCUGGACUCUAUACCAACGGUAGCAGGGGCGGCACUUCCAGGAACAGUCAUUCCCACCGCAGAGAACAGCAAAUCAAGCAUGGCUGGGGCGGCAAGUGUUGCGGCUAAGUCCUCCCUGAUGCGAGGUAAAGCUUCCACCCCGUCAAACUCCCACCAUCAGCAUGGGGACACGUCGCCCCCGGCUGUCACGCACCCCUCGGGGCCAGGAGACCUACUGUCUGCGGUGCUGGUAAAAGCUGGGGCGCUUCCUUCUUUAGGGAAGUUUUGAUAAAGAUACUAGGGGAGUCUGCACAAAAGAGCAGGAUUUUGUUAUUUCCCAAGAUGUUUGGCGACGGCUCCUUGCAAUUACAGACCGUUCUUCAGCUCUUUGGGGAUUACAAAUUUGGAUUUGCUUUUAUACAAAAGGCAUCCAUCGAUGAUGAGAUUUCAAAGAUCAACAAACUCAAUCAAAGAGAGAUUGAACAAACGCUGACCAAAGGAUACACAAACUGAAUUUAUUUCAACGUGUAUUAAUAUUUAUGAAACUGAGCAUGUGCUGUGAGCACAUAACAUAGAGCCACUACAGAAUGUAAUCACUCAAAAAGCCUAGGUGUGCAAUCUUUUUUUUUUUUUUUUUUUAUCAAAAUAAUCUAAUUUGCAUGAAGGAAAACACCUUAACAGUAUUAUACACAUUAUUGUAGCACUCUGUGUGCAUGACUGACCUUUAACAUUUUCCCAGUUUAUUACUAGACAAAAACAAUAUGAAUAGUUUGCCGAUCUUACCUAUUACACAAGCUAGCUGUAAUACACUUUGAGUGUUUUUAAAGACUGUGGAUGUUUAUGGUUAAUAUUCUGUGGAUCGGUUUACAUGGCAGAAUGUAAAAGGAGUAAGAUUGUUGCAUUGUGAAUGUGCUGAAAUUUUGAUCGUUCUGCUGAGUAGUACUCGUUAACUGACAUAAAACUGACAUAAAAUUCAAAGUGUGAUUAGUAUAUGUAAGUGGGGAGAAAAACGAGCAAGCUGCCUCGUCUGUCCUGCUUUUAUUGGCAUGUAACCACUAGAGGGAGCUGUGACAUCACACUGAAAUAAUCAACUUCACAGAAUAAUAGCGAUGGCAAGCACAACCACAUUUGUUCUUUGAAUGCAAUCAGAGCACUAUUAUUUAGUCGCUUGGUAGGUGCAUCAUAGUAACCUCGCAAUAAAUGGUUUUGCCUGAAAAAA